AUGGAAGAAGCAGAUGGGAGUGGUGGAGGCAUCCGCUCCGUGCUGCCUCUCGGCUCGCUCGUCUCUCCGUCCGGGAACGAGGUGGAGCUCCCGGAGCUAGACGGCAAGAUCAUCGGCCUAUACUUCGCCGCCAACUGGUACCCCAAGUGCGAGGCCUUCACCCCGGCGCUGGCCGCCGCGUACGAGCAGCUCAGGGCGCGCGGCGCCGGCUUCGAGGUCGUCUUCGUGUCGUGCGACGAGGACCGGCCGUCCUUCGAGCGGUUCCACCGCGCCAUGCCGUGGCCCGCCGUGCCCUUCGGCGACCUCCGCUGCAAGAAGAGCCUCAGCGACAUGUUCCAGGUCGAGGGCAUCCCGCGCCUGGUGGUGCUCGCCCCGGGCGGCGCCGAGGUCGUCUGCUCCGACGCCGUCGAGCUCGUGCACCGCUACGGUGACCCGGCGUUCCCGUUCACCCCGGCCAGGGUGGCGGAGCUGGAGGCCGACGAGCGGAGCAAGUUCGCCUCCCAGACGCUGGAGAAGCUCUUCUCCGUCGGCCACGUCAACGGCGGCGACGAACAGGUCCCCAUCUCGAGCCUGGUCGGGAAGACGGUGGGGCUCUACUUCUCGGCGCACAGGUGCGAGCCGUGCGUCAAGUUCACCGCGAGGCUGGCCGCCAUAUACGGCAAUCUGAAGGGCAAGUCGGCGGAGUUCGAGGUGGUGUACAUCCCCAUGGACAAGGAGGAGGAUGGGUACGAGCGGUCGCGCGGCGACAUGCCGUGGCUGGCGCUGCCCUACGACGGCGAAGGCGUGCCGUCGCGGGCGCUGGCCAGGUACUUCGACGUGCGGGAGAUCCCGACGCUGGUGGUGAUCGGGCCCGACGGCAAGACGGUGACGAGGGACGGGAGGAACCUGGUGAACCUCUACUUCGACAUGGCGUUCCCGUUCACGGAGGAGCAGGUGAGGCGGCAGCAGGAGCUGGAGGACGAGGCGGCCAAGGGGUACGCGCCGUCGCUGCGCCACGCCGGGCACCGGCACGAGCUGAGCGUCGUGUCGGAGAAGUCGGGCGGAGGGCCGUACGUUUGCUGUGAGUGCGACGAGCAGGGGUUCGGCUGGGCGUACCAGUGCAUCGCCUGCGGCUACGAGAUACACCUCCGGUGCGGCCGGGACGUGGAAGACGGCGGCGCCGUGGGAGCUGGUCAGUAG